CAGGAGGGACAAGCACAUCAGAAGAAAAAAAAACAUAGUGCACUUAAAGUAAAAUUUCUUAACGAUGGCUUUUUGUUUUGCGACUUUUGCUGCAGCUCUUCUUUGGCUCCUCGCGGCAGCCUCCUGCGCUCCAGCCGGACACGGUCUCCAGGACGCAUGCGCGGAUCUACGGAGCAGCUCUCUGGAGCUAAACCGCCAAGCCAGGAUUGCAUCCAUAGAGGCACGAAACGGUGACAGAUCUGAGUCUAAUUUCACCACCACCCUGGCUUGGUUGGAAGCUAAAGACAUGUGUGAUCCUGAGGCGCUCAAGCAGAAGUCAUCGACAUGUGUUGGGAAGAUCCUUGAUGUCCUAAGGAACUACAACACCUACGUGGAGAUGAUUUCUAAAUUUCAGUCCUGCUCACAGUUUGCCAACAAAGUGAAGCCGGCUCUCCACAACCUGCUGAGAGACAUGAGCAGAUGUGUGAGCGCAAAGACAGGGAUGAAUCAGCAGGAGGAGACCCACAUCAGCACAGAAGACACGCAGCCCCCUCGCUACUGGCAUGAGGCUCCGUUCUGUCACUACACCCUGGACAGGCUCUUCACCUUCUCCAUCAUCAGCGCUCGAGUCUUUGCUCGGGGUGAUCCGGCUCAUCACUCAGACAGCUCGGCUCAGAUGUGCAUGUAGAGCAUGAAAUGUUGCUGCCAUGAAUUGUAAAAGAACGCUUUGUUUGAUCAUAUUGAUCAAAGUCUCUCGUACAGCUUUCAGGAGCUGAUGAUUUAUCUGCAGAAGUGUUUCUUUCUACAAAAGUUUCACUCUUGUUUCUCCCAUGUGUGCAUGGAAGGUAUUUCCAAUGGAAUUAUAUCUUUAUUACAUAUUUAUUUAAAUCAUAUUUAUUGUAUUUAUUUAUUUAUAUUUAUUCUAAUCAGUUGUGUUUUUGUAUUUAUUUGUAUGUAUGUACACAAUGUGCAAAAUAAACAACCUGACUCCAAUCUAA